UUCAAAGAGGUUGUUCACCAACAAGCUGUACUGAAAGCGAUGAAUGUAAAGGCGCAAGUGGUGGAAACUGUAUCAGAUGUUGUGACAGCAACCUUUGCAAUAGUGGAGGUAUCGAUAAUUCGACCACAGAUGUAACACCCACAACAUUCUCAAUCGAUGUAACACCAACAACAUCCUCAAUCUCUUGUUACCAUUGUUCUGCAAUCACUAGAAAAGGCUGUGAGAGAUCUCAGACAGUUCAAAUGUGUGAUGUUGGAGAGGUGUGUCGUAUAGUAGAACACAGGCUUGGACUAGUACUUUUUGGAGGCGCUGUCACUUAUUUUCAAAGAGAUUGUUCACCAAAAAACUGUACUGAAAGCGAUGAAUGUAAAGACGUAGGUGGUGGAAACUGUAUCAGAUGUUGUGACAGUAACCUUUGCAAUAGUGGAGGUAUCGAUAAUCCGACCACAGAUGUAACAUCCACAACAUUCUCAAUUGAUGUAACACCAACAACAUCCUCAAUCUCUUGUUACCGUUGUUCUACAAUCAAUAGAGAAACCUGUGACAUGCUUCAAACAGUUCAAACUUGUGAUGUUGGAGAGGUGUGUCGUAUAGUCGAACACAGGCUUGCAUCACUAUUUGGAGGCGGUGUCACUUCUUUUCAAAGAGGUUGUUCACCAACAAGCUGUACUGAAAGCGAUGAAUGUAAAGGCGCAAGUGGUGGAAACUGUAUCAGAUGUUGUGACAGCAACCUUUGCAAUAGUGGAGGUAUCGAUAAUUCGACCACAGAUGUAACACCCACAACAUUCUCAAUUGAUGUAACACCAACGACAUCCUCAAUCUCUUGUUACCGUUGUUCUACAAUCAAUAGAGAAACCUGUGACAUGCUUCAAACAGUUCAAACAUGUGAUUUUGGACAGGUGUGCCGUAUAGUAGAACGCAGGCUUGCACCAAUAUUUGGAGGCGGUGUCACUUCUUUUCAAAGAGGUUGUUCACCAACCAGCUGUACUGAAAGCGAUGAAUGUAAAGGCACAAAUGGUGGAGACUGUAUCAGAUGUUGUGACAGCAACCUUUGCAAUAGUGGAGGUAUCGAUAAUUUGACCACAGAUGUAACACCCACAACAUUCUCAAUCGAGGUAACACCCACAACAUCCUCAAUCUCUUGUUACCAUUGUUCUGCAAGCAAUAGAGAAACCUGUGACAUGAAUCAAUCAGUUCAAACAUGUGAUGUUGGAGAGGUGUGUCGUAUAGUAGUACACAGGCUUUCACCACUAUUUGGAGGCAGAAUCACUUCUUUUCAAAGAGGUUGUUCACCAACAAGCUGUACUGAAAGCGAUGAAUGUAAAGGCGCAAGUGGUGGAGACUGUAUCAGAUGUUGUGACAGCAACCUUUGCAAUAGUGGCGGUAUCGAUAAUCCGACCACAGAUGUAACACCUACAGCAACAUUGAGUCAGGAAACCACACCAACAACAAUAUCUACACUUUCUUGUUAUUCUUGUUCUCGAGAAAACAGAGAAGACUGUGACAGAUCUCAGACAGUUCAAAUGUGUGAUGUUGGAGAGGUGUGUCGUAUAUUAGAACACAGGCUUGCACCAGUAUUUGGAGGCGGUGUCACUUCUUUUCAAAGAGAUUGUUCACCAACAAGCUGUACUGAAAGCGAUGAAUGUAAAGGCACAAGUGGUGGAGACUGUAUCAGAUGUUGUGACAGCAACCUUUGUAAUAGUGGAGGUAUCGAUAAUCCAGCCACAGAUGUAGCACUAUCAACGUUAAGCCCAACCACACUACCACCAGAAACCACACCAACAACAUCGACCUUGCUUCGCUGUUUCAGUUGUUCUCAAAGCAAUAAGGAAACAUGUGAUAGCUCUCAAACAGUGGUGACUUGUAAUAUUGGAGGAGUAUGUCGUACAGUAGUACACAAGCUGCCACAAGUAUUUGGAGGAUUAGUCACUUCAUUUCAACGAAACUGUUUUCCACAAUCAAUGUGCAAUAACCGUGAUGACUGCAAUCGCAAUCUUGGUGGUGACUGCAUUAGAUGUUGCAACAGUGAUCUCUGUAAUGAUGGAGAUAUUGACAUGGAGACUACUACAGCACCAACACCAACACCAACACCAACACCAACAACAGCAGCACCUCGUCUUCAAUGUUACUCAUGCUCUCAGCGUAGUAGAGAAGGGUGUGAUCGCUAUCAGACUGAGCAAACUUGUAAUGUUGGAGACGUCUGUCGCACGGUUGUACGCAAGCUAUCACAUUUUUAUGAAGGAAGAGUCACUUUCGUUCAUCGGAGCUGUUUUCCAAGCUCAAAAUGCAAGAAUCUUGAUUAUUGCAAUCUCAGUGUUGGUGGCUUCUGUGUCAGAUGUUGCAACAAUCAUCUGUGCAAUGAUGGAGACAUCGAUACUACAACUGGUUGUACAUACAAUGGAGUUUACCAUAACUCAGGAGCUUUUUUCAAACAUUCUGAUGGCUGUAACAACUGCAAAUGCACAAAUGGUCGUAUUGCAUGCUCCAAAAAGAUCUGUAAACCAACAGGUUGCAGAUACAAUGGAAUUUACCAUUUGUCGGGAGCUAUUUUCAAACAUUCUGAUGGCUGUAACAACUGCAAAUGCACAAAUGGUCGUAUUGCAUGCUCCAAAAAGAUCUGUAAACCAACAGGUUGCAGAUACAAUGGAAUUUACCAUUUGUCGGGAGCUAUUUUCAAACAUUCUGAUGGCUGUAACAACUGCAAAUGCACAAAUGGUCGUAUUGCAUGCUCCAAAAAGAUCUGUAAACCAACAGGUUGUACAUACAAUGGAGUUUACCAUAACUCAGGAGCUUUUUUCAAACAUUCUGAUGGCUGUAACAACUGCAAAUGCACAAAUGGUCGUAUUGCAUGCUCCAAAAAGAUCUGUAAACCAACAGGUUGCAGAUACAAUGGAAUUUACCAUUUGUCGGGAGCUAUUUUCAAACAUUCUGAUGGCUGUAACAACUGCAAAUGCACAAAUGGUCGUAUUGCAUGCUCCAAAAAGAUCUGUAAACCAACAGGACCUCGUACUAGUUGCUAUAUGGCACGAAAGCAAACGUUUCUUUCCGUAAGCAACUGUCGUAGUGUUCAAAUGCACACCAUUUCAACAUGCUCUGGCUACUGUUUUGUUGGUGGAGCUAAAGCAGCGUGUGUAUCUCUUUCACAACCUAAAGUGGUUAUUUUCAAGUGUCCUGCUAGAAGAUAUGCCAUCAAGAAAGUGGUACAGGUCGUUGUCAAGUGCUUAUGUCCAUACAUCCAUUAGUGGUGUGCGACAACUUGAAAGAUUGAACGAUGAAUUUUGAGUGUUUAGUGCACUUGUUGGUCUGUGCAUGUGAAUGUGUGUAUGUGCACGUGUAUGUUGCAAUAAAUUAUGUACU